AUGGCCUUCUGCUCCUCCGCUUUGACGAGAAAGCAGCCAAGUGCUGCGACGCUCCGGACGUACUCGCCCGUCUGCGUGGCCCUCGUGUCUCUCCUUCUCGCUCCUGCUCUUGGACAACUGGACUUCAACCGACUGGAUGGCGAUACCGUCUGCCCACCCACAAGAAGCGCACAGGAUGAUCUGCCGGGUUUUGAUUUGAUCACUCAAUUCCAGCUGGACGUGAUCCCCCUAAAAGGAGUGAGGAAGGUGGACGGCUCAAUUCCCCUCCAGGUAGCCUACCGCCUCGACCGGGAGGCCAACUUCCAAAUUCCGACCAUGCUCAACUUUCCUCGUGGUUUCCCCGACGAGUACUCUUUCAUGGUAACGUUCCGCAUGAUCAAGAACACAGUGAGCAAGGUAUGGAACAUCUGGCAAAUAGUGGACGAGGACGGCCGCAAACAAGCCGGGAUGAGGCUCAAUGGCGACCAGCAGUCUCUGGAGUACUUCCUGACGAGCCCAGACGGCACCCUGCAGACCGUCACCUUCCCCGGCCUGUCUGUGCUCUUCAACACCAAAUGGCACAAGGUGAUGAUCGGCGUAGAGCGCGACCAGGUCACGCUCUACGUGGACUGCCAGCCUGUGGACCAGAAGCCCAUCAAGGGCAAGGGGCCCAUUAACACAGAAGGAGACACUCUUAUCGGAAGACUGGAUUCUGAUCCUGAGGCGUCCGUAGUGUUUGAGCUCCAGUGGAUGUUGAUUCACUGCGACCCAAAGAGAGCCCAGCGAGAGAGCUGCAACGAGCUGCCCGCCACCGAGAUGUUUGCCAAUGCUGAGCCAGAGCGAUUAAUCCAAGGCCCCCCUGGAGCCAGCGGCCCAGAGGGUCCUCGCGGGCCUGCGGGGGAAGAUGGGCGAGAUGGACGAGAUGGUGUUCCCGGUGUUCCUGGCAGCCCAGGUGCAACUGGCAGCAAAGGUGAGCAGGGGGAAAUUGGACUUCCUGGGCAGCGAGGACUACCUGGUCUUCUGGGACCAGCUGGUUCUCCUGGACCAAUGGGUCCCAGAGGGCCAAUGGGCGAGAGAGGUCUACCUGGCUUUCCUGGGCCUGCAGGUCCCCCUGGCCCAGCAAGUGAAGGACCAGCCGGACCGCCGGGCAAACCAGGAAUACCUGGAGAUGAAGGAAACAUCGGGCCCGAGGGUGCACCAGGACCCAAAGGGGACACUGGAAAUCCAGGAACUCCAGGGCUUCCAGGACCUCCUGGUCCAAUGGGGCCACCUGGUGCCAGCGGUGAGGGAAGUGGGGAAGCUUGUCCUGCAGCCUGCCCUGUUGGACCCCAGGGAUUGGUUGGGCUACCAGGCAUAAAGGGACACAAAGGUAUGCCUGGUGAAAAUGGCAAAGAUGGUAUCCCUGGAGAAAAGGGACAGACUGGACCACAGGGUCCUCAGGGUACUCCAGGUCGCAUGGGAGAUGAUGGUCAAAGAGGACCUAUUGGCGUUCCUGGUACAACUGGAGAGAAAGGAGAUAGAGGUCCUCCAGGUUUCAAUGGCAUGCCUGGACCCACUGGCCCACCCGGAGCUCCUGGUGUGGAGGGAUUACGCGGCCGUCAAGGUUUGGAAGGACCCAAGGGAGAUGAAGGAGCAAUUGGACCUGAAGGAGAGAAGGGCAUUCAAGGACAGAAGGGAGAUGUUGGAGCACCAGGCAAAGACGGCAUGAAGGGAAUUCCUGGAGUUGAUGGUGCCAAGGGAGAACCUGGUCCAGCUGGAACCGCCGGAGUGAGGGGGGUCGUGGGCAUUCCUGGUCUUCCGGGCAAGCAAGGAGUAGUUGGACCCGCUGGCGAAAAGGGUGAUACCGGUGCUGAGGGAGCCAUUGGGCCAGCUGGACUUCCAGGCAAAACUGGUGAACCUGGAAAACCUGGAGAACAUGGAAAACCAGGAGAUAAAGGGUCAACAGGUGAACCCGGGAAACAAGGCCCAGUGGGGCCCGCCGGCCCUCCAGGCAUUGAGGGUGAAAAGGGAGUGAAAGGUGACACUGGCGAAAAAGGAAUGAAGGGUCACACUGGACAUAAAGGGGAUCAGGGACCAAUGGGACCAGAAGGAGCAAAAGGAAAUAUGGGAGCUACAGGCCUUCCUGGAGAUCCUGGAAUCAAAGGAGACCAGGGCCCACCUGGUAUUCCUGGAAUUAAAGGAGAGCAUGGAGCAAAGGGCCUGAGAGGAGCAACCGGAGCAGACGGAAGACCAGGUCAGCCAGGUCACGAGGGUUUGACUGGUCCAAUGGGAUCCCGAGGGCUGGAGGGCGAGCCGGGAUUACCCGGAGCACCAGGCCCCAGAGGUCUACCUGGGCCAAAAGUUAGCGAUGACAAACUUCGGGAGAUGUGUUCGGCUGUUGUUGAAGAACAAUUAGCAGAAUUCAUGAAAGACUUCCUGAAGAGGCCCGCCGCCCUCGGAGCCCCAGGCGUCCCAGGACGAGCGGGACCACCCGGCCCCGCUGGAGCCGACGGAGCACCAGGACCCCCGGGAGCUCAAGGGCCGAUGGGUGUCAAAGGCCAUCCUGGCUACUUUGGGAUACCAGGUACACCGGGCAAGAAAGGAGAUCCUGGAGCAAAGGGAGACAAAGGAGAUAAGGGUGAAGACGGUGUUGGAAUCAAAGGAAGCGCAGGGCUACCAGGCAUACCAGGUGCCCCGGGUGCACCUGGAGUUGGCAAGGAUGGCAAGGACGGGGAACGUGGUGAACAGGGAAGCCCCGGUGUCCCAGGAGCAGCCGGUCCAAAAGGUCCCGCUGGUCCACCGGGUCUUUGCGACCCAUCGACCUGCAUAAACAGGAAUCCUCCAGCUCUCUACAUGUACAGCGGGAAGAAGUCGUCUUCCUACAAAAAGAAAUGACACGCCAAUGCUCGAUUGGUACACUCAGAUCUUCGGCCUUCAGGUGAUGGAGUUUCUAGGCUGGUCCACAAGUCCAGUUUUGUUCUUCUUGAGAAGUCUACACUGGAACUGUGGAUGUUAGUGACACAAAGGGAAACAAGACAAGGCACAACUGCAGAUAUUGUUUAGCCAUUUGGACUUUUGUGCAACAACAAUGGGAGCUUAUCUGAAGGUGUCUACUAAAAAGAACGAGCUUCUGACUUGGAUACCUUCAGCAAAACGAUUAUGAACAAACUGUAAAAUAGUAAAAGACAACUCUCUGACGGCAAAUACUAUUGCUUUUAAAAACCUCAUAGAAUACUCCAACAUGUAUUCUUUUACAGCUCCGGACAGUGUUUUCACCCACUGAGUUUCAAUGCAAUUACCAGCCUAGUUUGGAGACUUAAGUGGAAUUAUCUUUUGUUUGUUUUGUUUAUUUUCUCUUCCAAGACAAAACUUCAAUUAAAUGACAAAACAAAAUUUCAGUUGGAGUGCAGACUACAAGCU